AUGUCAAACAAAGACUUGAAAACAAUCCAAAACACAGAAAGAACAGUCAAAUUUUUGAACAAUGACCAUAAAAAUGAGGGUGUAUCAGAUAGGAAAACAACCAUCACCGAUGAACCAGAUCAUUCGCAAGCGAAGAGUGACGGUGGCAACAAAAAUAACCUUGUAAGGGUCUAUUCAGAUACAGAGAAAUCUAAUUUUAAUAAUAUAACGGGUCAGCGGUUGUACGACGAUUUAAAGUAUCGCCCAAUACACCAUGAACAUUUUUACACUUAUGGAAGUAAUGUUAAUGACAUAGUUAAUGACAAUGAAUGUAUUAUUCCACCAUUAAAGAAAAGGACUAAUAACAACAUCAAUAACUAUGUAACUACUAGCGCCCAAAGUAAGAAAAGGGCAAGGAGAUAUUCUGAAGAUCAACAUGCUAAAAUAAGUGGCCAUGGUUUUUCCCAUAUGAAUGCAAGCAAUAUUAAUAUCAAUAACAACGCUUAUUUAGAUAUGACUGAUGAGUACAUACCAAAUUUUGAUUUCAUAGCCAACGUGAACAAGUUUGCUGAAUACUAUGAUUUAGACGGAUAUAAAAGUAAUAAGAUUAUGACUAAUAAUAAUAAUAAUAAUAAUAAUAGUACUAAAAAUAGAAUUACUAGUGAUCAUGGUAUAGAGUUAGAAAAUAUGGAGAAUUCGUCAAGAUCUUCUUCCAUUUCAUCGUCUGUUUCAUUUUCUGAACAUAGUAUGGUCAAACCAAUAAAGGCGCCUGCUGAAACAAAAAAAAUAGGCGGUAUAGAACCUGCUAUUAAGGAUACUCAAUUUUGGAGAGAUAAUCUUUAUUCUACCACUUCUAAUACCAUCAUCACCGAUGAAAGUGACAUUUAUAACAGCAGACCACAAAGUUACAAUGAUACUUCUGUUGAUUAUUCUAAAUUGCCUGCUGAUUUUGAGACACUACCCUUUUCCCAAAGAAAAAAAACCUUGUUAGAAUUAUUUCCAGAACAUGAUUAUAAGACAGUUAUGAAUUUACUUAAAUCAAGAAAGAGAUCGUUAUCCUUGAAGCUGGCAUCAUCCGAUAACAAUGACACAAACAUGCUUUUAUUGUCAAAAGGAUCUAAUACAAGCAUUAAUAAUAGCAGUAGCAGCAAACCUGAUUAUGCCUCCUUAUGUUUAAAGACAUUUAAUAACCAAUGUUCCUCACCACUGUCACCUAUACUUUCACCAUUACAGCAACAACAGCACUUUGAUACUAAAGUUACUCCGGGUGAUAGAGGUUCCCAUGUUUUGGGGUAUGUUUUAGGAAAAAUUAUUGGUUAUGGAGCGUGGGGUAUCAUACGAGAAUGUUACAAACAUAAGGAAGCAGCUGAAGCGGAAGAGGAUAUAAAAGCAAUGAAGAUUAUCAAGUUUAGGGGCAAUGCACAAGUGAAGGAAAGUUGUCUAAGAGAGGUUUUUAUAUGGUCUCAAUUAAAUAACGCUAAUAUUUUAAAGUUAAUAUCAUACGAAGAACACCCUGACGUUAUGUUUUGCUUAACAAGCAGAAUACAUGGCGGAACCUUGUACGAUUUAGUAGCUAAAGUUUGGAAUAGUAAGUUGUUAAAAUAUACAUUUGAACACAGAUGUUAUGAGACACAAAAUUACCUAUUGCAAUUAUUAGCAGCUUUAAAAUAUUUGCAUUUUGAAAAAAGCAUUGUCCAUGGUGAUAUUAAAUUAGAAAAUUGUUUAAUAACCAAAAAAGAAAAUAUAUUAUUGUUGUGUGACUUUGGCAUGAGUAUUAAAUUACACGAAGAGAAGGAGGGGAUCGCAGAAUAUGGGAGGAAAAACAAAUCACAAAAUGAAAUAAGCUCUGGAUCGAAGUUCAUGAAGAUUUUACAGGAUAAAAAAUUGACACACGAUGAUACUCCAUUAGGGAUUAGUUCCUUCAAAAAAAAGUUUGGUCCUGCCAUGCAAUCGGUUAUGAUUGGAAAAACAGAAUAUUUUCAGCACAAUAAACAACAUUCCAGAGACGACCAAGGUAAUGACAAAAUGAGAACGAUGAAUCAAAUUGGAUCUUUACCAUAUGCUGCACCGGAAUUAUUGGACCCCAUUAAACGGCCGCCGAUAAAUGAUAGGCAAUUAUCAAAGAUGAUGGUUGAACAUAAUGGAUCUCGUACUUUAUCAUUUAAAUCGGAUAUAUGGGCCUUAGGCGUGAUGCUCUAUGCGAUGAUUUGUGGCCGCCUACCAUUUCAUCAUGAAUAUGAACCACGACUAAAGAUGCUUAUUAUAUCUGGUAAAUAUGAUGGAAAAACAUUAAAAGAAAGAACCGGAGACCACCAUAAAAUGUUAAGGAAUGUAAUAAUUGGGUGUUUACAGGUGGAUAUUGAUAAAAGGUGGAGUUUAACUCAAGUUGAAAAUGCAAUAUUAGAUGCGAACAGUCAAAGACGUGUAGUUUAA